AUGCAUGUCUCCAUCUCAAAGAGACGACCAAGAACAUCCAAAAAGACUGAAACAGAGAAACACGAGAAAUCACUUAAAGAUCAUCCUAACAGCAUAUGUUCAGUCUUCUCUAGUUUAGUUCUCUAUCUUGUUCUCCUCACGAUUCUUUUUCUCUUCUUAAUUUCUCUUUGGUCAACUUCCACCACCGUUGUCUCCGGUAACGUCGUUCGUAUUUGCAUCUCUUCGCGGAAGCUCAACGAUCUUUACUGUCUCACAGCCGGUUCUCAUUAUCCCGGUUUACGUGUACCGGUCAGCAAUUUCACUAAACUGGUCAGUGAAAAUAUCACAAAGAAGGAGAUUUCCACCGAAGAAGAACCAUAUAGAUAUAUCGUCCCCAAGGAUGAAGUCGAGGAGAGUGGUCUAAAAGACGUGAACAAGUAUCUUAAGAUACAAAGAUCUUGGCUAUCGAUUGGAAACAACCAAAGAUCUUGCAAAGGACAAGGUAUAUACGUUUAUGAUUUACCCUCUAAAUUCAACAAAGAUUUGCUGGGAGAAUGCUCGGAUAUGUUUCCUUGGGCCAACUUUUGUAGCUACUUUAAGAACGAUGGGUUCGGUGAAUCGAUUGAGGAACUUGGUGAACGCUGGUUUAACACACAUCAGUAUUCUCUUGAGCCGAUCUUUCACUCUCGUGUUCUGAAGCAUCCAUGUAGAGUCUAUGACGAGAACCAAGCCAAGCUUUUCUAUGUGCCGUUUUAUGGCGGUAUGGAUGUUUUAAGAUGGCAUUUCAAGAACAUUUCUACUGAUGUAAAAGAUGUUUUGGCGAUUAAGCUACUAAAAUGGCUCGGAUCGAAAAGUUCUUGGAGGAAAAACUCUGGAAAAGAUCAUGUUUUCGUUCUUGGCAAGAUCACUUGGGAUUUCAGGAGAAAAGAACAUUAUUCUUGCAUCUCAAGUUUCCUUGAGAUGCAAGAAAUGAAAAACCCUACAAAGCUUCUCAUUGAACGUAACCCUUGGGAGGUCAUCGACAUUGCGAUACCCCACCCGACGUUCUUCCACCCGAGAACAGAUGACGAUAUCUCUAGCUGGCAAAACAAAAUCAUCCGACAAUCUCGCCGGAGCCUCAUAAGUUUUGCCGGUGGAGCAAGACCCGGUAACCCUAAAAGCAUCAGGUCAACAUUGAUUGACCAGUGCACUUCAUCCCCAAACCAAUGCCGGUUCUUGAACUGUACAAGUGGAGGGUGUAAUAAACCGGAAUUAGUUAUGGAGCUUUUCCAAGAUUCGGAGUUCUGUCUUCAGCCACCUGGAGACAGUCCGACAAGGAAAUCGGUUUUUGAUUCCCUUAUAUCUGGUUGUAUUCCGGUUCUCUUUGAUCCGUUCACAGCUUAUUAUCAGUACACGUGGCAUUUACCGGAGGAUCACCGGUUAUACUCGGUGUAUAUCAACCAAGAUGAUUUGAAGGCAAACAAAGUGAAUGUGAUCAAGAAGUUGAUGUCAGUGACUCUAAGGGAAAGAGAGAAUAUGAGGAGUUACAUUGUUCAUGAGCUUUUGCCUGGUUUAGUUUAUGGAGAUUCUAGUGCUAAGUUUCAGAGGUUUCGAGAUGCUUUUGAUAUUACAGUAGAUAGUUUACUCCAUAAGAUUUCAACAACAUUGUAA